AUGCCCGAUUCGCCCAUCCACAGUGCUCCGUUCGAUGACCAUCGCUCAUUCAGUUCGAACGAGUUCCCGUUUUUUGGACGUCCGUCUAUGGAUGAUAUACCGUCUUUUGACUCCUUUUUCGGUUUUCCAAGUCGUCAUUUUCCAGCACUUAAACGACCCAUUCCACCUCCAACUGCCUUCACGCGUCCGAGAUCGUCUUUAGCAACCAAACAGUGCGAUGUGUGUCCUACAUGUCGAAACAUUGUUUAUCCCACACCGCGCAAAUUUUGUCGCUCUCCUUUUGGUGCAAAACGUAUGCGAACUUCCAUGAUGUUUGCUUCCCCGACCAAUUUCGAUCCUUUUACGCCUAACUCACGACAAGAGGAUCAAAUUUCUACCGGACACUUUAAUCCAACCUAUACUUCAGGUCAUUCCGGAGACAGCGAUUCCAUCUACUCCGACAUCGCCGAAAGUGAUAACACCGAAGAACAACGCCAGGUGUAUCGUCCGAGACUCAUUGGAGCACGCCGUCUCGACACCUUCCGAGGAGUCGAUAUGACGUUAGACAAUUGGCUUAUGAAGGACAGCGCCGAGACUCACAUUCCAGUUGAUCCCACAUAUAGCACUGUUCUCCCAAGUGAAUAUGAAGUGCCGAUUUCAACUUCCGAGUCGGAGGAUGCCCCUGGCAAUCCUUGCUUGUCUAGCACGUUGAAACGCGGUGUUCGCUCAACAGACGACGGCACUAUAUAUGACGAUGUCGCUUCUGAUUUGGAAGACGGAAUCACUCUCUUCAAACCGGUUAAAACGAAGCGCGGCACUUAUCUCCAUUGCGCUGAUCUCGCAUCUUACUUCAACGAUCAGGUGAAGCGUGCCCGCCGUGAAUAUUUCGUUUGCGAAGAAUGA